AGUUGUUUCCGUCUCACCUGCUAGGUGAAUUAAUUGUUGACUUUCUUUAAAAUAGAAAUUAUGCGGAAUAUCUUUUUUUUGGGAACGACGUUGUUUUCGAUCGGUAUGAUAAAGCAAAAAUCACGGACUGAAAAUGUGAUCGAUAAAUCAGUCAAAAUAUUUCAACUCUGCUAUGUGUCUCCUCAUUCAGUUCGUUCAUGGCUUAAAGCGCGACUGGGUGUCACAGUGUCAGUUAUGGUUAGUGUUUCCUACAUUCUUCUGCUGUUAUUGGUUGAGGGAUGCUUCAGUGCUUCGGUUGUGAGUGGCAAUGGUACCAAUAACAGAACACUGUCUAGGAGAAAGCGACUUUUGUUGUUUCCAAUUAAUGCUCAGGUUGUGAUUACACUAGCCGCCGCCAAGUUACUAAUCUUCAAAGGUCCCGGCGGUAACUAUUUGAUCUCGGAAUUUGAUAUGUACUACCCACUGCCAGACUACCGCUACAGAAUUUCAUCGCUGCGGUUAGGACAAAUCGCAAUGCUACCAAAUGAACCGAAACCGAAUCCACCUGUCCCGCAACCAGCACCAGUGUCGAUUCCGAUGGAGAUGGAUUCUAGUCAGACCUCGGUGGAUGAUCCCACCACCCACCACGAUGAGCCAGAUCAUCAUUAUGGUCAUGAAUUGACAUCGGCGGAGCUUCAACAGUACCUGAAAGACCACCCGGAAACGUGGAUUCCUCCUGGUUACGGUAAGGAAAGAUCAGAUCAGAUCCACUCGAUUGAAUCUCAGCCAUCGCACAACCGUACGUACGUCAAACCAAAUGGUUACGAUGAGCAAUCCUGGAAUAAUUUCCAUGAUGUGGAUGAUCACACUCAGGCAAUCAACAUGUGGCACACGAAUCCGACGGAAUAUGUUGAGCGUUAUUUCCCACGGAAAAAGCGGUCACUCGGUGGUGGAUUCGACUAUCUGCUAGAUGAGGAAGAAGAUCGAUUCGGUAUCAACCAGCAUCGCGAUUGGGAACAUUUUUAUCACUAUCGGGAACGGCGGGAACUGUUCCACACGUUGGAGAAGGAGAUUGGCGAAAGAUUCGAUUUUCCAAUGAAAGCCUGCAUUCUGAGAUCGAUCUGCGAGGUACGUGGAUUUAUGUUGCCACCAGGGAAAUCCAUGAUAAUGGACAUUGCUCGAGCUGUCUUUAGUGUACCAUUGAAAGAAGAGUUGGAGGAUGAGUACAGUGCUGAAAUGAGAAAUGAAAAGGUCAACUGUCAUCUACUGUAUGGGGAAAAGUGUCCGUUUAGUAUCGUUCAUUUGAUGUUGUUCGGCCAGUUGGUUUGGAAAUAA